GCAUCCCAUUUCUUAUAAGGCGUCUUCCAGCUCGCUCAAGCAGGCGCGAGCCCUGAAGUUCCAUGUUUCUUUGGGAUGCGGACUAUACCAAGUAAACCCGGAGAGCGAGGGGCACAUUCCGGAACCCCUUGCGCUGGCCUCGUCGACGGCCCGACCCGGAUAGCCCCUCUUCCCAGUGGGCAACAGGAACGGUCCAUCUCGGCGCGCAAGCGUCCUAGGAUCUUCACGCCCCUUGCCCUCCCUCCUACCCCGCUUGCAGCGCAGGCGCAGAGCUCGGGCGUGCUGCUGCCGCCGCCGCCGAGCAGGAGCGGGCGGUCGUCAGCGCCGCAUUCCUCUCUACCUGCUGACAUCUACAUUAGAGAACUUGGGACUGAGGUGUGGUUGUGGAGAGCUGGCCAGGGAGGGACGCUGCCCAGCUGCUGCUCUGUUCCUGUCUCCUGUCACCUCCCCUGGCCAUGACAGAGACCCGUGAGCCAGCUGAGACUGGGGGCUAUGCCAGCUUGGAAGAAGAUGAUGAGGACCUCUCUCCAGGCCCCGAGCAUUCCUCUGACUCCGAAUACACUCUCUCAGAACCGGACUCAGAAGAGGAGGAGGAGGAGGAGGAGGAGGAGGAGGAGGCCACAGAUGAUCCUGAAUAUGACCCUGGCUACAAGGUGAAGCAGCGCCUGGGGGGGGGCCGGGGGGGCCCAUCGCGCCGGGCCCCCCGCGCAGCCCAGCCCCCGGGCCCCCCAGCCCAGCCCUGCCAGCUCUGUGGCCGCUCACCCCUCGGGGAGGCCCCACCAAGCACCCCACCCUGCCGGCUCUGCGGCCCCGCCACAGCCCCCCAGGAAGCGCCAGUGCCUGAAGGCAGGGCCCUCGGGGAGGAAGAGGAGGAGCCGCCUCGGGCUGGGGAGGGCCCAGCAGCUGGGAGGGGAGGGGAGGAGGACGAGGACGAGGGCGGCACCUACCACUGUACAGAAUGCGAGGAUUCCUUCGACAACCUUGGCGAGCUGCAUGGGCACUUCAUGCUGCAUGCCCGGGGGGAGGUGUAGGCGGAGCCCGCCCCCCUGGGGAGCUUGGCGAUGGGGUGGGAGGUGGGGGCCGAGGAAGCUGGGGCGGCUGCAGUAGUCACGGGGCAUGGGGUUCCGCCGAUCUGUGUUGUCUUAGCAGUAGAUGUGUGAAGGCCAGAAUAAAAGCUGAUUUCUGUGUGUGUCGGUCCAGCAUGUGUUUGGUGUUUGUGUGUGUGUACGUGUGUAGUGUGCUUGAGUGUGAGGCAUGUGCGUGCCUGGGCAUUCAUCUCCCCAUUUCACUGGGCUCCUCGGGGAAACCGUGGGAUUGCUGUUGCCAAGGUAAUUAAUGUUUACUAAGUGCUUAUGUUCAGGGUGCUUUACAUGUAUUAACUCUUGGACCCAUUUUGUACAGGCUCAAACACAAAAGAGUGGUGUCGCUCAGUCAUGUAAUUCCAGGGUGGGUGUUAUGGGCUGGCAAGCAACCCUUCACCAUUCCUCAGUGUAGGGACCCAGGCCAUCCCUUCAGCCUGUGGUUGUCCACAUGAUCACGGCUGGGUGGCCAUGGCCUGGGUCCUGCCAAUGGAAGAGGAAAGAGAGCUAGAGAGAAUGAGUGUUCUCUUACGAGCCCUGCCCAGAAGUGGCACAGACUGCUUCCAUUUAUGUUCCGUUGCUGGGAAUUUAGUGACAUGGCCACCGCUCACUGCAAGGGAGUCUGGGAAAGGUGGUCGAGCCAAGUGCCCAGAAAGCAGAAAAUGGUUUGUGGAGGACAGCUAGUGCUCUUUGCCACUUCGUCUAAGAACCUUCAUGAAGAGGACUUCUGUUGUAUUCAUAGCUAUGCCUCCUGACUGCUUGCUGGGUGCCAAAUGCUGGUUCGGGAGCUUUAUAUAUGUAUUGACUCAUGGGAGUUAUGCAUCUAGGAAUUUACAGAAAUAGAACCUGAAUGAUAAUCACAGCUGCCAUUCCCCAGCACUUGCAGAGCGCUGCAUUUCAUUUGCGUGAGAUCAUCAGGGCCUUAGCAUGACUCUGUGAGGUAGGGACUGCGAUCCAGUGAUUCAUUCAAGAAAUAUCUUGAGCAUCUGCUGUGUGCUAAGCAUUGGGAAUGAAGUAAAAUCCUUGUCCUCAUGGAGCUUACAUGGGGCGGGCAGGGGCCACUGGUGGGGACAAACACAGAAAAUAAAGUACGAAGUAGCAUAUGCUGGAUGGUGGUAAAUGCUGUGGAGAAAAAUAAAGCAGAGAGGGGUGAACAGUUCAGGAAAGGGUUGCCAUUGUAAGUAGGGCAGCCCUCCCUGAGGAGGUGACAGAGACCUAAGCGGACACCUAAAGGAAGGAGGGACCAGGGGGCCAAGCACCUGGGUGGGAGGAGGAAGGGGUCCAUGGGUGUCAGGGAAGCCAGAGUGGCCAGAUCAAGUGAGGGAUGGGUGAAGACAGGAGCAAAGGGCCAGCUCAUUACAGCCAUGUUGGAAACUGGCUCUUGUGCUGAGAUGGGAAGUACUAAUUCACAGAAGUUUGGCACUGAAGCUCCUUUGAAAAUAGAAGCCUAAUUGUAAUGAUAGCUACCAUUUACUGAGCAUUUACUGUGUGCCAAGCCCUGUUCUAAGGCGCUUUACGUGUGUUA